AGGAAGUUUGGGCCUCUUCGGCUACCGCUCGCUUCAAGAUGGCCGCCCCCGAGGAGAGGCGAGGCUAACGGGAAGGUGGAGAGUGCAGCCUCUCUCUCACGCAUGGAUCGCAGCGCAGAGUUCGGGAGGUGGAAGGCGCAGUGUCUGAGCAAAGUGGACCUCAGCCGGAAGGGCAGUGUGGACGAGGAUGUGGUCGAGCUUGUGCAGCUCCUGAAUGCGCGAGAACAGUUUUUCACCACCAGCUCCUGCUCAGGCCGUAUCCUCCUCCGAGAUGGGGAUAUAAAUAGUUUUGAAGUUCAGAAACAAAACUGUUGCUGGCUCCUGGUUACACACAAACCUUGUGUAAAAGAUGAUGUGAUUAGAGCGCUGAAGAAAGCAAAUGGUGAUGCCAUUUUGAAAUUUGAACCAUUUGUUCUUCAUGUGCAGUGUCGACAGUUGCAGGAUGCACAGAUUCUGCAUUCAGUGGCAAUAGAUUCUGGUUUCAGGAACUCUGGCAUAACAGUGGGAAAAAGAGGAAAGACUAUCUUGGCUGUCCGGAGUACACAUGGCUUAGAAGUUCCAUUAAGCCAUAAGGGAAAACUGAUGGUGACAGAGGAGUAUAUUGACUUCCUAUUAAAUAUAGCAAAUCAAAAAAUGGAGGAAAACAAGAAAAGAAUCGAAAGGUUUUACAACUGCUUACAACAUGCUUUGGAAAGGGAAACUGAUAGUAAAUCACAUCCCAAGAUGAAAGAGAAAAAUAACUCAUCAUAUACUCACAAGAAAAAUAGAAGCCCAGAAAAAGCACAUGGCAAAAGUAUUACUGAAGAAAAUGUUAAAGAACUUGAAAAUGAAGAUGAUGACGAUCCAGGAAUCAUUGUUAAUAUCUUUCCUGAUGAUUACUAAGAUUUGGUUCUGAAGUGUCUUGGUAGAAGAAUAUUUCUAAUAGGUUUUAUAAAACUGCUCUUUAUAAGAGUAUUUUAGUUCGUUUAGUGUACCAGCCAUUUAGAAGAGCAAGAUUUAAUUUCUCUAUAUUUUAGAGAAACCCAGCUUAUAAACAUACAUAGCUUUUUAAGAUAGCUGUGUAUAUUUGCUCAUUAAAUACCACCUUUUUUAGUCACAUAGAGAUUCACUGCAAAAAUAAAAUUAUGAUUUUCAGUGCCUCUUUUUUUGUUGUUGUUUCAGUUUCUACUUCUGCAAAACAGGAAAAAUAAGUAUAAUACCCUCUUAAGAGAACCUUAACAUCAGGAUUAUUUGAGUAAAAAUCAUUGUAACGUUUUAUUUAUUUUUAACUUUGAAACUUCCAGCCUUUAAAGGAGGAUCUGUUACCAUGGAGUCCAAUGACAAGUUUUUUCCUCCCUUUUCACCUUGUGCAUAAGACAACUGAUACCCUUUUUGUUCAGGACAAAAUACCUGAACCUUCUUUCCCCUUUAUUUCUCACAAACCAGUGCUUGCCACUGCCACAGUCUGUGAUACACACGAGUAUAAUUUUUCACUAAGCCUGAUCAGAAAUGAUAACUAAGACACAGGCAUCCAUCCUAAUGGAACAAAUGUCCUAUGGAAAAUUGCAAGGAUCAGAAACCUUGAAUUUGAAUUCUGACUGCUACACAGAAGUUGGAAGUCCUUGAGCAGAUCACUUAAUUUCCAAGAGCUUCCAUUUCCACUUCGUCAUGGUAGUAAUUCUAAUACCUGCCUUAGGCUUGACAAGAUCAAGUUAAAAAUA